GAGCCUGUCCGUGAGCCCCUCGGCAGCUUUGGCGGACCCAGGCUGGGCUCCCGUCUCCAGCUCUGCCGCACUCCUGAGCCUGCUCCCCAAACCCGAGUCCUUCAUGCGCCUCUGCACAUCUUCCAGCUGAUCUUUAUCCUUUGAAGAAAACAGUCUCUAGCUCAGACUGACCUCCUAGCAAGUAUUACAGAAGGAUGUGCCUUUUGUCUUCUAACCUUUUAAAAAUGCUGACCUCAUUUCUUCUUCUUUUGUGGGGGGGGUCUGCCCUUACCGAUAUUUUUAGUUCUAAAAUAUGGCAACAUACAUCUGUGUAAAAAAGCAAUUUUUCCUGUUUGUAUUACAACCACAAAGUGCGUUUUCAUACCCAAAAUUGUUUUUUAAGGUUUAUUUUUAAACUGAAAACUAAUUAUAAAAGAAGGGCCCAGGGUGAAGCCUGUUUUCCAUUAGAAUGAAGCUCAUUUUGCUCUCUGUUGUUUUCACUUUUUCUCUUCCAAGCAUGCGAGACCCUGAAAAUCCUUUUGAGGCAUUCUUAGGUUUGGUCAGUUUUCUUUACUGAAAAAGUUCUGUGUAUGAGACCCGUAGGACCCCUGCAACUUAGGGUCUAUUUUUAAAUUUUUGUAGUUCAUUGACUCAAACUGGUCUCAAGGCCAGCAGAUGUGGUCUUUUUAUCUUGGGGAUUGUUUGGGGCAGAAAGGGAGUGAAAUAGAAUAGAUGUGUUUUGAUGACUUUUUGUUUGCUUUGUUAAAGAAAGAAAAUUAUUUGACAUUAUACUGUAUGAUGUUGAUGGUGACAUAUCUUUUCCCAAAGAUGGGUGCAAGGAUUCCCUAAGCAGAAUGUUCACUUUGUCAACGACAACACCAUUUGCUACCCUUCUGGAAAUUAUGUAAUAUUUAUUAAUAUUGAAACCAAGCAAAAGACAGUUCUCCAGUGUAUUAAUGGAAUUGUGGGCGUCGUGGCAACUAACGUUCCUUGUGAAGUUGUGGCUUUUUCAGACCGGAGGCUAAAACCCUUCAUCCACAUAUACAACUUUCCUGCACUGACCAGAAGGACCAAAUUAAAAGGCAAUGUUCUCCUGGACUACACUCUACUUUCGUUCAGUUACUGUGGCACCUACCUGGCUAGUUACUCCUCUCUCCCAGAAUUUGAAUUGGCCCUCUGGAACUGGGAAUCGAAUGUCAUCUUGUGCAAGCAAUCCCAGCCAGGAGUGGAUGUGAGCCAGAUGUCUUUCAAUCCCAUGAACUGGCACCAGCUGUGCUUGUCAAGCCCAAGCACAGUGACAGUGUGGACCAUUGAAAGAAGUGACCAGGAGCAUUGUUUCAAAGCAAAGUCGGUGAAACUCCCCCUGGAGGAUGGGUCGCCCUUUAAUGAAGCGGAUGCGCUGUUCCCGCAGUCCCUGCCCAAGGACCCCAUCUACGGGCCGGUGCUGCCCCUGCAGGCCAUCGCUGGGCUCGUGGGCGACGAGGCGGAGACCUUCCGGCCAAAAGAUGACCUAUAUCCUUUGCUUCACCCCACUAUGCACUGCUGGACUCCAACUAAUGACCUGUAUGUUGGCUCUGAAGAGGGUCAUCUUUUAGUGAUUAAUGGGGAAACUUUGAAGGUGACUGUGCUUCAGAAGGUAGAAAAGACACAACCACUGGAUGUACCACAUCUUUUCAGUCCCGUCACCAUGGUAUAUCAGAAGGAAGGCGUCCUUGCUUCUGGAAUUGAUGGUUUCGUGUACUCUCUCACUGUUAAAGAUUCAAGUUCUUACAAAAUAGAAGAUUUUCUUGAAGUUGAAAGGCCUGUGAAACAUUUGAUGUUUUCUCCCAGUUAUAAAAUGCUGCUGAUUCAGACAGACAAGGGAUCUGUUUAUAUCUACACUUUUGGUGAGGAGCCAACCUUAGAUAAAGUCCUAGAUGCUUGUGAUGGAAAAUUUCAGGCAAUUGACUUCAUCACACCUGGAACCAAACACUUCAUGACACUCACACUUUCAGGGGAAGUUUGUGUCUGGUGGCUGGAGGAUUGUACUUGUGCAAGCAAGAUUUAUCUGAAUACCACAGCGACAACCCUGGCCUGCUCCCCAUCCUCCCUGUCAGCGGUGGUGGGAACGCUGGACGGCUGCGUGCACUUCCUGGACGUCCGCGAGGUGGAGUCCCCGAGCGUGGUCCACGCGGCCUUCCUCUCCCGGGCGCCUGUGCAGCACCUCACUUAUGACCAGCGAGGACUGUACUUGUUAGUUGGAACAUCAGAAGGAAACAUCUUUGUUAUCGAUGCCAAACCCACAAGAUUAUUUCAGAUUCUUGGAUUCACAGAGGUGAGCAAGGACGUUCUUCAAAUAUCCACAGUGUCUCUUUGGGGAACAAAGGCAGUGAAAGCGAUGGUGCUUUCCUCGCUUCCAGAAGCAGAAAGAAGCAGGCUGGAAAUAUUUACUCUGCCUAAAAAGCUGCCACAAGGCAUUGUCAACGAAAGGGGGCGGCUUCGAGAUGAGCUCAUUCACAAGCACCUGUGUGAGGUCGAGCACACUCUGACUUCUGCAGUCUUGGACUCUCAAAGGAACCAAAUGUAUGGGUUCUGCCACCUCAUGCCGUACAUCUGUAGCUAUCGUCUACCUGAAAAAGGACACGGCAGCGUUUGCAUUCUUAAACCAUACCAAAAAGUACAAAGCAAACACUAUGGACCUGGAAUAGUCCACCUGUCUUCACACGGAUUAUGGCUCAUAACAGUAGCUAAAUGUGGAAUUCUGUGCAUCCGAGAUGUUCACACUUUGGAAACAUUUGCUUGCUGUCGGAGCCACUCCCACCAGGGGCAUGGGAUUCAGUCCGUGAGAAUUUCAAUGGAUGGACAGAGCAUCCUGGCAAAUGGGAAGGAUGACGGCAGCCUGGUCUUCCUCAAAUGGAAGAGGCUUGGAGGAAACUCAGUCAGUGAAAUUACUGAAUAUUGCCAGCAACUGUUAUCAUCUCUGAACAGCAGCAUGGAAGAGGAGAAUAAUUAUUUACGUGAAAGGAAACUUUCCUCCGAGUUGGAACCUGAAUCAGAGCAUACAAUGCGUCAGAACAAGUUAAGCAUUGACUCAUCACAGGAGGAAUUGGUCAUCACUGAUAGCAAGAAGGAAAUUCCCUGGAUACAACAAAAAAGCCAAGAGGCUAUCGAAAAGGAGGUUAAGCUGUUUUCCCAGAAAAGGAAAGCAAUAAAAAAUGGAAUCAAAGAACUUGCUAAAACGGUUCUGAAUAUGAUGGAAGAGAAUGAAAAGGUGGAUGAUAUUGCAAAGUUAGACCAAGGAGAGUUUUGCCUGGAUCUUGAGGAACUGGAAAGGCUUCAUGACCAAAGUGGAGAAGAGGUGGCAAAAAUAAGAAAGGAUGUGGAGAUGCAUAACCUAGCCAAGAGAUAUUUGGCUACCCUUAUCAAAGAAGAAUGCUGGAAUUCCAUGGCUGUGAAAGGUCGGGCCCUUAAGUGCUUCCACAUCCCCUGUGUGGUUGAGAACUUCCCUAUGAGAGCACGUACAGCUGAAGAACUGAAGGAAUUGAAGAGAGUUUUGCAGCAAAAGAAGAUUGAAGCAGAGUGUCUUAAACUACGGAAGGAAAUUGUAGAGGAUCAGUCUGCAGUCACUAUGAUAAAAAAACACCACGAAGAGGAGGAGGAGGAGGAGGAGGAAGAGGAAGAAAAGACAGUAAUAGACACCAACUUGCCCAAUUACUUGCUUGGUAGUCUGAGUACUGACUUUGGGGUAGAUACUUCUUUGUUGUCAAGCCAACUGGAACUUCAUUCCAGAGAGGAGAAAAUCAACCAAAUUGUCUUACUGAAAGAUAUCAUUUACAAGGUGAAAACUGCUUUCAACAAUGAGUUUGAUGCUGCAUUUAAACAAAAAGAGUUUGAAGUUGCACGAGUGACGGAGAGAAAUGUUAGAAUUAAAGAAAUUAUUUUAGACCUGGACUUGGGAGAAAAAGUCUGGCAACCAGAAUUUGAAGACUGCGAGAAGCCAGAAAGGACCCUUGUCGUGGAAGAUUCUGAGAUUACAGCCCCGAGACACUUUACUACAUGGCAAAGAGCCAAAGCAGAAAUGAUUGUGGUCCGUGAGUUACGCCGAUGGGUUCGGGCACGGGGCUCCAGCGAAAGACGCAAGGGCCUGAUGGACAUGAUGGGAGGCGUCCUGGAAGUCAAGAAGGAGGACAUUUUGAGAAUGGUAAUUCCGCAACCAGCUUUCGUGGCAAAACCCAAUGCUCUGUGGACAGAAGAGGAAAGGAAACAAUUCAGAGAUUAUGAGAAAAAAGUCAAGGAGCUAAAUGAUGAGAGAGACAAGUAUAGAAAGUCCUUAGAAGCAGAAUUGAAGAAACUUCAAAACUUUGUUCAAGAAAGCACACAAAACUUUGACAAACAUUUGAAAAGACUCUUUGAGAGGAGAGUGAAGGCAGAGAUGGCUGUCAACCAGGAAGAAUUGAAAAUAAAUAACCUUAUUUUCUCUUUACUAUUGGACGAAGAAUUAAACUCCAGAGAAAUGUUUCUGAACAACUAUCUUUCGAAGAAGCAGGAGGAGAAAAGCCAGACUUCAGAAGCAAUCCGGAAAUCUAGAGAAGACCUGGAUAUGUACAAGGAGAACUAUGACAACUUACUGGCAGAAGACAAAGUUCUGGAUCGAAGCUUCAAACAGGAAUUUUCUGAAAUUCCAAGUCAGCAGGUGGAUGUACUCUAUAAACUUUUUAAACGCCGACCAAGAAUGCAGAAACAGAAAGCACAAUCAGAUAUGGCCAGUAUUAUCCCUUUUGGAGAGCAACCAGGACUUGGCAAGUUGAAUAAGGACACCUUUGCCCAGUUAAUGAAAGCCAUGGAGGAGCUGGACAGUGUCACUAACAUGCCAGAAGGCUUGAACCCCUUGGUCUGGGGUCAUUUCUGCCUAACUAGAAGAGCAAAAGUGGAAAAUGAAUACAAAGUGAAGCAGAAAGCAGCUGGCUUAAUGGAAAUGACAGCUUUUCUCCGCAAGAGAGUGGAGGAUGAUGAAAAGGUGCAGCAGGAGAUGGAGAAAGUGUGCCAGGAACUCAUCCUAUUGCAGGAAGACAAAGUAAAAUACCAGUUGAAUUUGACGAUACAAAUUCUUCUUAAACAAGGACAAGUAGAACUGGAGAAUUUCCAGCAAACUCUACAGUAUCCUGAUGCAAUUCUCAUCAAUAGGACCAUCAUUGAAGACCUGAAUUCUGUAAUUCGGACUCAAGGACAAAAGAAAAUUGCUAGUAUGAUGGAAAGUAAAGAUGUACACAAAGGAAUAUAUCAGAUUGAGUGGGAUCAUAAGAAAAUGGAGAUGGAAAUGGAAGAUCUCAAUCAGAAGGCUUGGGAUAUUCAGAUGCUGUUUUUUUCAAGAGAUCGUCAAAAAUACCUAAAUGAACCAAACUAUGAGUCUUUGAUUGCUCUUCAGAUUGGAAUAAUGGAGCAAACCAUUAAUGUUUUAGAUAAGUAUUAUUUUUGUGGGGUUUCAUGGGCACAAAAUUUUCAGACCCACAAAAAGAAUGUCAAUAACUGCAAAAAACUACUCAAAAGAUUGGGAAAGUUCAACAAUCAAAAAGACACAGCAAAUUAUACUCUAAGCUGCAAUCUACGAGAAGAGCUGGUAGCUGUCUCAGAGAGACAGGACAUCUGCAAUGCAAUAGGGUCUACGCUGACUUGUGAAAAGAUUGCCAAGGAACGAUACAAAAGUAUGAUGCAACAGCAAAAGCUGACAAAUAUUUCCAAAGUACAAGCCGCCCAGAUCUCAGUACUCCAGGCUGAAGUUGAAAGACUAAGGAUGAAAACAUUCCCUGCUCUUGUUAAAAUGUAAAGCACUAGCAGGAACCAAAGGCCUAACCAGUCAUUUCAAAAAUCGUUCCAUUUGGGUAAAAUGAUUUCUUUCUCUUUCUUUCAUAUUAUGAAAUUUAAGUAAAGUCACCUCUUAGUUGCAUGUUUUUAAUAGUAAAUUGUUUAAUUUUAGCCUUGUAAUCAGUAUAUAAAUUUUUGUCCUGCAUGAAUAAGUGUGUAAAAGAACUAUUUUCAUUCAAGAAAGAACAAGAUAUGAAGACAGAGAGUGUUCAAUGCCAGGCUGAGUGGGAGAACACCUGUCUAAUAUGUGCAAGGCCCUAGGUUCAAUCCCCAUUCUGAAAAACACAGUAUUCUACUUAUUUAUUUGCAGUACUGGAAAUUGACCACAGGACCCUCCACAGAGCGAUGGCCCAGCCCCUUUUUGUUUUGAAGCAGGGUCUCACUAAGUCGACUCAGUUGCCCAGGCUGGGCUGAAACUUGCAAUCCUCCUGACUCAGCCCCCCAGAGUGUGUGCUGGGAUGACAGGCACAUGCCACACUGGCUGGCUCAAGAUUUAUUUUAUUCAUUCAAAAUUACCAGAAUUUGAAGAUUAAUCCUUGUUCUAUCAAUGAGAAUUUACUUUUUCCAAGACUUACAUCAUUUGUCAAUUAUGACAUAUUUUGAAAACAUAAUCUUCAUUUCUUACUGUGAUAGAGCUCAAAUUUGUUCCCUACCCAACAUGGCUUAGCAAAAAAAAAAGUGCUUUCUUCUGUUGCUUUGCUCAUGUAGAUAGUGAUAACUAUGCAAUGAGAAAACUAAUCAGCAGAAAACUUCCUCACCCUUCAUAGCUGGUGGACUGCUGCAUGGUAAGGUGCUAACACUGGGAUCACUGACCACGGUCUCCAGCAAUGCAGUCCCUGCAGCUCUGCAAUUUAUAAAGCAAAUGUUAAGUUUGAUCCACAGUACCACAUCCAGUAUAGACAGGCGCAGGUAAAGCAAGAGAGCUGUCCCAUUGCUCACCCUCAUAGUGAUCAGGCCGGAAUGGGUCAGUGUCAAGACCAACAUCAUUCUGAUGGCUCCCCUCCUUGGCACUAGAGUAACUUCUGACAUAGUGGGCUAAUCAGUAAGGAAGUGUCCACUAAUAACAGUUCCUGUAUCUAGGGUCCUUUAAGAUGAUCUCUGGGACAGGAAUUGUUGGCAGCAGGGAGCCAGGCCACGGGUGUGUGCAAGGGGUGCAAAUACUUUAUACUUGGCAUUGCUAGUUCCAUCAACCGUGGAUGUCCUAGACUUGAUCCUCCCCUCCUGCCCCGUAACUGAAGUGCCCUAUCACCUAAGGUGCCUACUGACACUCCAUUUGCUCAUAGCUAAUGCCGCAUUUUUCACUGGAUGACAUUCUGUGGAUUCCAGGUCUUAGCAAACCAAACAUCCUAUUUUGUUUGUUUCUUCAUCAUGAACCCUGGUUGACUCUGACAGUGUUUCUGGCUUGGCUGCCUCAGCUUUGAGGAAUGGAUGGAGUAGGUUAGCAGGACGCCCUCACCCUCACGCUUUUCAGCCUUUUCAGCAGGAGGUAUCUUCUGGUUUGGAGGCUGGCAGGUGGUUUGGUAAGGACACAUGGGUCUUGUACCCCAACUCUUCUGUCAGUUAUGUUCAUGGUAGAUUCCUCUAAGCUUCUACUGAACAGCAAUUAUGUUCCUAUUUUUAGUCCUUUAAAACCUUACCAUUAUCAACUAAUGAUAUAAACUGAGCCAUAUAGAACAUGGUCAUAUACAUAGGAAUAGAGAAUAUGAGCUCUGUUGCUGGACUGCCUGGGCUCAAAUCCUGGCUCUGGUUUGAAAUAACCACUUAGUUUUUAAAAUAACUAUUAAUCUUGAAUUUUCUCAUCUUUAAACUUAUGGUGUUAAUACGUGACUUAUACUCUUAAACUUGGCACAACGCAAAUAUUUUGUUAAAGGUUAGCUCUCAUUUUUAUAAAUAAAAAGAAGAUAUUCGGUAAUUUUCAAUAAAUCCUUCCCAUUAAGUGGAAGUAAAAUUCAACAGAAAUGGUAAAAAAAGAUGGCUACCUCCACACAUCCCCAAAUCUGAAACUGCCCCAUAAUCCCCAUUCAUCCUCCAUGACCCACCUCCUGUUUCUCAAGUAGCUGCUGUGUUCCUGGAAUUCUCAGGUGAGCCCAGGGGCCAGUGCCUGGAAGGCCCAUUACAUUCCCCAGCUUUUCCAGGACCAGAGUCCCACAAGUGGAUAUGUAAGGGUGACUCCAGCUGUCAGUAGUGACAGCUGUGGAACCCAAAAUCGAAGUAGUUGCCCCACACUGACCUACCAGAAUGCCACUACCACCACCAGGGGCAACAAUUCCCCUGCCACAUUUUUGCUCCCUGGCUGGGCAGCUGUGGUGGAAGCUGGCUGGUAGGCACCGGACUAGCACAGUACCUACAGGUGUCCAUUGAGGAAUCCCAGAUUCACAAAUGCCAAUGGCAAGAGCAGUCUAGAAACUAGGAUUUCUGUGUGUGGUGGACACAAGACCAUGGCCCUGGGGUCUCCUGCUGUACCAAAUCAAGGCUUGGUUACAUCAAUAGAAGGGACUGUGCUGAAACUGAUACACCUGGUAAAAGGAGUGGCUGUAAAACCACUGCCCCACAAAGUGCUCUCCCCACCUAUCUCUACCUUUCUCAGAAAGCACACAUACUCUUACGGAAGCCAGCUCUGCUGCUUCCAAGUUUGCAUUUAACAGCUCCAGCCACAAACAGAAUGAGCUUUCUUGCCCCGAGUUCAAGUCUUAAUUCUCAGGGACUAGGCCAGCUUGGGUCUCCGUAGACAGCCAAGAUGACAGGUACAAUAUGUAACUUGACAACAGGUUGGUUUCUGGCUGAGGAGUCACUGUGAACUAAACAGACACUCCCUGUUUCACAGAUGAAGCUAGACAGGAUGAAUGUGAACAACCCUGUAUGGCAGAAUAUCUUAAUGUAGAAAAUAAGGUCAUUUCCUAAGAAAUGGACAGUUGCUUCAUUAAAUGCGGAAUGUGAAAAAUGUGAAGGCAGAGAAGAGUAUAAUUUUGGACAUAAGU